GGGCUCUCCAAGACCAUCAGGGCACUUCACGCAGCCAAUCAUUCUCAGGCCAGGCUUCAGCGUGAGGCUGACGAGGCUAGGGCUGCCCUGUGGGCCAGCCAGAAAGCCUUCUCCGAGUUGCAGUCCUCGCGUGCAAAAGAAUGUGAAGAAGCGGCCAAACAAGGAGCCAAGAAAGCGCUCUCCGAGUUCCAGGCCUCCGAGCAGUUCCAGAAGCUCGUCUCUGCGAGGGUGCAAGCGGAAGAGUCUGAACUGGUGCAGAGGUGGCUGACGACCCUCGACGGAGAGUAUUGGCGCGCUCGCGAAGUCCUCUAUGCUUUUCAGAGUGGCAAGUAUUUGAUGCAGCAGAAGGUGUAUGGCCGGUUGAAGGAUCUAGACCCUGACUUUCAUCCAUCCACACUCGGCCUUCCCGGCCGCAUGAAGAAACCCGUGGAGGCGAUAGCCCUUCUUCCCCCAGAGGCCGUCCGUCAGGAGGAGGAGCUUGGUAGUUCUAACGAAUGGGCUUGGUUCUUUCCGCCAGCU